AUGCAAUCUCAAGUAGAUGACUCGAAAAGUAAAAUUGUCACGUCACAAACUAGGAUCGCCGUUGCAGAAGGUAAAAUCGUGACAUUAGAAAAGGAAGUCGCUACAUCGGAAAGUAAAAUUGCUAUAUCAGAAGGUAAGAUUACCGCACUGGAAAGUCAAGUUGCUACACCUACUUUGCUGUGGACCGGCCAGACAACAGGAGAUCAUAGUGUAGUAAGUAGUUUGCCACCAAGUGUUCGGAGCAGCUAUGCUGCUGCAACUAAUAAUACUAAUUAUUACACAACAACAAUCUCUAGUGGUGGUACCUAUCUUGUUGUUGCUCACGGACGACUCGCUGAUUGGCACUACAGAAAAGACAAUUGGUGGUCAAUGAGAGUUUACAAUAAGAAAAGAAGCACAACAUUAUUCACGUCUUUCGGUACACAUAGACAUUCAUAUGAGGGAGGUAAUACAAUGGAUGCUUCAACUAGCGGGUUUUGGAUUGGUAAACUGAAUGAAGGCGAUGUUUUAGAGCAACAAUAUCAUCUGGAGGGUCCAAGCACAGAAGAUGUCAUCUUUUUCCAAGAUCAACAUGGUUCAUCAGCUAUUUAUGCAAUAAGGAUUGGAAAGUGA